AGUGAAGCCUCCAGUCGUCCCUGGGGUGAACCUCAAGCCCCCCAAGCGGACUGCGGAAGAGGCAGCUCCAACUCCCCCCAAGCGCUCUCGGAAGACUGCACAAGCCAUCCGCUAGCAACUUCGAGUCUCACCCCUCCACCGGUGGUAAAUCGCCGGCUGCUCUUUCUGCUCUAAAUCAGGCGUCCGAAUCCAAAGCUUCCAAGGAUUCGCCGUCUGCUGGAGCAGGCUCUCCUGACAAGCGCCGCAGCAAACAGGUCCAGGACCUGGUUGUCAUUUCAGAAGCCCCCUCCCAAGCUCCAGACCUUAGAGAAAUUGCUAAGGAAAUGCUCCGAAAAGGAGUCACUACUGAGCAGCGAGACUCCAUCCGGGGAGUUGGCAGCAUGAACCUGGAGGCUAUCCUUGCUCUUCUCGCUGAGGCUAUGCUGCGAGUGAAUGGGCUCAAUAAGCCAUUCAACGAGAAGACCAAGGAGGUAAGAGCUGCCAACCUUAGGGCCGCCUCCAAUCUUAACAGAGUACAAUAUGAUGUAAACAAGAAUGAGUUGCUAACUCGGGAUAUCCUGUAUUCUCAGGCGGCUGCCAACUUGCAGGUUAAGAAGGAUUUGGAGGCGGCUCAGCAAAAGGUGGCGAAGCUCAAGGGGGAGCUGAAGACAACCAAGGCGGAGCUUGACAAGUUACAGAACAUCGACAGAGACACAACCAGUCUCCGUCGUCAGGUCGAGAACUUAUAGAAAAAACUUGCCAACCAGGAAGAGCAGCUCAGAUCCAAGUAUGAGAAGCGCGCUGAAGAGGAGAAAUGCAAGCUCAUAGAGGAGAAUGAGGCCGACUGUAUCACUCGAAUGCAGAUGGCAUGGAAGACUCUUUUUCCUAAUGACGAUUACUCCAUCUGGGAGUAUCAUUAUGAGCAGGAGACUGACGCCUUGGAUAGAGUAGCAGGAGCAGGUGGAGGCUCUGGCGGAGGAGCAGGCGGAGGAUGGAGCCUUGGAUGGGGAGCAUCGGGAUCAAGCUAAAGAUCAAGCUGUCGAUCAUCCAGCCAAUGAGCAGGAAGGGGCGGAUGAUAACGAAGAGUAGUCGGGUCCCGGGGCUAAUUAAGAUGUUUCUGAGUUUUUUCUGCGGCCGUAUGGCCAUAAUGAAUGCAUUUCCGGCCUGCGUGCCGAGUAUCUCCUUGUUUCUUUACCGACCAUGGGGUCGGGUCACUUAACAACAAUUUUUUUUAUGUCUUCGGUUGUUUAGCUGUUUAACAAUAUUUUGUCUGACCAUGGGGUCAGCUUUUUAAUUAAUGAUGAAUCAUCCGGCCGUUAGGUCGUUUGCUUUUUA